UCCGGGUUACGUGUGACCUUUCUGUACUGAACAGCCGCCGCUUUUCCUCCAUUUUCUUCACUCCCCCACCACUCCGUACAGCCGGUCACCGGAGUAGGACAAGUCUACGUUUUUCCAUCCGCGAUGCUGUCAGUUCGGGUUGCCGCGGCUCUGGCCCGCACUCUCCCAAGACGGGCUGCAUUUGUUUCUAAAAAUGUUGCCGCAGCUUGUGUCGGUGCCAGGAACCUUCACACCGCCCGACCCUGGCAGCAGAAAACCGGCACUGCUGAAGUAUCAUCCAUCUUGGAGGAGAAGAUCUUGGGUGCAGACACAUCUGCUGACCUGGAGGAGACUGGCCGCGUUUUGUCUAUCGGUGAUGGUAUCGCCAGAGUGUACGGGCUGAGGAACGUGCAGGCUGAGGAGAUGGUGGAGUUCUCUUCUGGCCUGAAGGGUAUGUCUCUGAACUUGGAGCCUGACAACGUUGGUGUUGUGGUGUUUGGUAAUGACAAGCUCAUUAAGGAGGGUGACAUUGUGAAGAGAACUGGUGCCAUUGUUGAUGUUCCUGUUGGAGUGGAGAUUCUGGGUCGUGUUGUGGAUGCUCUGGGUAAUCCAAUUGAUGGAAAGGGACCCCUGGGAUCCAAGACUCGUAGGAGAGUUGGUCUGAAGGCCCCAGGCAUCAUCCCCAGGAUCUCUGUGCGUGAGCCCAUGCAGACAGGCAUCAAGGCCGUUGACAGCCUGGUGCCCAUUGGGCGUGGUCAGCGCGAGUUGAUCAUCGGAGACAGGCAGACUGGCAAAACAGCUAUUGCCAUUGACACCAUCAUCAACCAGAAGAGGUUCAAUGAUGGAACAGAUGAGAAGAAGAAGCUGUAUUGCAUCUAUGUGGCCAUUGGUCAGAAGAGAUCCACUGUGGCCCAGCUGGUCAAGAGGCUGACUGAUGCUGAUGCCAUGAAGUACACCAUUGUUGUGUCUGCCACUGCUUCCGACGCUGCCCCCCUACAGUACCUGGCCCCCUACUCUGGUUGCUCCAUGGGGGAGUACUUCAGAGACAAUGGCAAGCAUGCUCUGAUCAUCUAUGAUGACUUGUCCAAGCAGGCUGUUGCUUACCGCCAGAUGUCCCUGCUGCUGCGUCGUCCCCCUGGCCGUGAGGCUUACCCUGGUGAUGUCUUCUACCUGCACUCCCGCUUGUUGGAAAGAGCAGCCAAGAUGAAUGACAACUUUGGUGGUGGCUCCCUGACUGCCUUGCCCGUCAUUGAGACUCAAGCUGGCGAUGUAUCUGCCUACAUUCCAACCAAUGUCAUCUCCAUCACAGAUGGCCAGAUCUUCUUGGAGACAGAGUUGUUCUACAAGGGUAUCCGGCCUGCCAUCAAUGUAGGCUUGUCUGUGUCCCGUGUAGGAUCUGCUGCCCAGACUAGGGCCAUGAAGCAGGUGGCUGGUACCAUGAAGCUGGAGCUGGCUCAGUAUCGUGAGGUGGCUGCCUUUGCCCAGUUCGGCUCUGACCUGGAUGCCGCUACUCAGCAGCUGCUGAACCGUGGUGUGCGUCUCACUGAGCUCCUGAAGCAGGGACAGUACUCUCCCAUGGCCAUUGAGGAGCAGGUGGCAGUCAUCUAUGCUGGUGUCCGGGGUCAUCUUGACAAACUGGAGCCCAGUAAGAUCACAAAGUUUGAGAAGGCUUUCCUGCAGCACGUUCUUAGCCAGCACCAGGACCUGCUGGCCACAAUCAGGGCUGAUGGCAAGAUCUCUGAGGCAGCAGAUGCUAAGCUGAAGGAGAUUGUGUUGAACUUCCUGUCCAGCUUUGAUGCAUAAACUUUGUCAAGUUAUUGGUGACUGUUGUUGCUGUUUGCAUAGUGCUCAGUUGAACUUAAUUUCAAAAAUGUGGCACUUCUUUAAUGUACAGAUCUCGCUGAGAAUAAAAUGUUAUAAA